AUGCAUUUUCUUGUCGCUUUUCAGAUAGCCGCCGUAUGCGAUUUCUUCACAUACAUUCGUUACGUGAAUAAUGGAAUUGUUAAAAGUGGCGUUCAUGAUUCCUACUGGGAUAUAAUAUGUUUACGCAAGAAUAUGACACUUGCGAGGCUUGGGCUUAAUUUCAUAGCCGCCGUAUGCGACUUCUUCACAUACAUUCGUUACGUGAAUAAUGGAAUUGUUAAAAGUGGCAUAGCCGCCGUAUGCGAUUUCUUCACAUACAUUCGUUACGUGAAUAAUGGAAUUGUUAAAAGUGGCGUUCAUGAUUCCUACUGGGAUAUAAUAUGUUUACGCAAGAAUAUGACACUUGCGAGGCUUGGGCUUAAUUUCGUGACAAAAAUUGGUGGCUCACAAACUAGCACCUCAUAA